AUGGUAUCUUUACCAGAUAUGUCCAGGCGAAUCUCAGAGCUCGAUGGCGUCAGACCUGAAGAUCUCGGCGGUGACAUUUUCUCUCAUUUGCUGUCGACUCAUGACAGUCAUUCUGGAGAGAGGUUGAAUGCCGAGGAGAUCCAAUCCGAGUGUCAACUUCUUUCGGUUGCAGGUAAGUCCAGAGCGCAACCCCCAAGAGUCGACAGAAAUAGCUCAUUCCUUCCCUGCGAAGGCUUCGACACAGUAUCAUCUGCAUCAUGCGCGACAAUUUUCUACCUCGCCCACUACCCACAUGCCCAUACUCGUCUGGUAAAUGAAAUCCGGAUCAAGUUCCCAUCAAGUGCAGACAUCGAGCCAGGCGAGAAGCUGAAGGGAUGCGAGUACCUCAAUGCGUGCAUCGACGAGUCUUUGCGAAUAUCACCCCCAUUUUGCACAUUUGCCCCGAGAGAGGUGGAGGAGGGAGGCGAAAACAUUGAUGGAAACUUGAUCCCCGAGGGAUAUGCUGUGGGGGCAUCUGUUUAUGCGAUUCAACGCAGCCCAGAAUACUUCCCUCAACCUAAUGUGUAUCUUGCAGAGCCGUGGUUAACGACCAAGGAUAGUUCACCCCAUUCGGCCUUUGUGCCAUUUUCCAUGGGGCCCAGAGCCUGCAUUGGAAGGUUGAUGGCCAUUUCGGAGCUCCAGACUACAAUUGCCCUCUUUGUGUGGACGUUCGAUUUCAAGCUUGCUGAUGGAGAUCAUGAAGUUUAG